AUGCCAUUUUUCACAAAUCUGUUCAUGUCCCAGUUCACGCAAGGAAUCAUACCCGAAGGCUCAAACAUUGGCCUUGCCGCUGCUGAUACGACAGGCAUGGCGGCUUUUUUCUUCUCGCCAGCUCACUACCAGAAAGUGAUGCAACAAUACUUUACGCAAAUGAUGAGUGCAAAUCAAUAUGGCGAAGCAGUCAAGCGUCUCAGUUGGAACGGUAACGCAGUGAACGGCAUUCAUGAACUUCAUCGAGCUUCUGCAUCAUCAGAUAGAGAGCUGGUUCCCCCUUCUGCUGCAUUUCAAUCGGGCUGUAGAGACCUGAGAGAUACUUUGAGCAAAUCUCAAACUUCUCAGGACAAUACUGGAGGUUGGCGAAAAGAUGUGAAUGCAACCGAUAAAGAUGGUUAUACUCCGUUGCAUUACGCUGUUCAAACUGGACAAAACACAAGAAUAACUAAGCUAGCUGGAAUAAGGCAGCGAUAUAUUUGUGGCAGCUUAUGAUGGUAAUACAGCCAGCCUUGCUUAUGGCUUACUGAUUUUUGAAGCACGUCAUUUUCUUUGUUGUACUUCUUUCUUAACUGUUGUACUUCUGAAACUUGGUUUCUCUUCCAUCUGCUGAAUCAGAAUCACUCUUUUUGACAUGGAUUUUGAUGGCCUUUAGUAUUUUGGUAGCGACAUGCCGACUCUCUUCGAUAGCAAUACAAAAGCUCGCAAAAGGAUUGCGGCCUCUACAAAGAUUUGCAAAGGGGUAUUGCGCAUGUAUUGGGUAGUCUGCUCGCGGUUUUGAUAGCGCAUUAAACUAUUUUCUUCUUUGAAACACGUUCUUCCCC